AUACAUGCUACUUUCGUUUUCAAUUUAAGACGAACUUUGAUCAGAGAAAGAGAAACUAAGAAAACUACAACAUGUUGUCGGGUCGACUGGCAGUUGUAACAGGUGCUGGGAGUGGAAUUGGGCGUGCAGUAUGCCGAAUUUUUGCAUCAGAGGGAGCCACAGUAAUUGCUGCAGAUAUGAAUGAUAAGGGAAUGGCAGAAACUAUGUCCAUGAUCCAAGACACAGGUGAUCAUCAAUCGUAUCAAUGUGAUGUAUCGAGUUCCGCCUCAAUCACCGAUCUGGUGGGUAAAAUUAAGGAGAGAUAUUCAUCAGCUCCACAUGUAGCAGUGAACUCCGCAGGGAUUACCAGAGACCGGACAAUGAUGAAACUAACAGAAGAAGAUUUUGACAAAGUCAUAGAUGUCAAUCUCAAGGGAACAUGGUUGCUAAAUAAAGCAAUUGGAAAGGCAAUGUUAUCAGACAAAGUACCCGGCUCCAUUGUGAACAUAUCAAGUCUUGUUGGGAAGACAGGAAACGUAGGACAAACCAAUUAUGCUGCCUCGAAGGCUGGAGUGAUAGGUCUCACAAAGUCCAUGGCCAAAGAAAUGGGAAAGUUUAACAUCAGAGUAAAUGCUGUGUUGCCAGGAUUUAUCGAGACACCUAUGACUGAAGUAGUGCCAGAAAAUUUAAUGCAAAUGACCAAGCUCUUGAUUCCAUUGGGGCGCCUUGGCAAUCCAGAAGAAAUUGCAAAUACCUGUGCCUUUUUAGCUUCAGAGAAGAGUAGCUACAUUACAGGUGCUACAAUCGAAGUUACAGGUGGACUCUUCAUGUAAUCGGGAACAUGACUUUGUCUGUGAUAUGAGAUUUGACAUGAAAAAAAAUUCUAGAUACAAGUACAUUUUUACAUUUUAUCAAAAUCAACAUUUGAGAUGUGACUGUGUGCAGUCUUUGUUGAGUCUUGUACUAACAAAUGUGAUACUAUUAGAGCUGGGGAUGGUCCUGGACUGACAAAUGUGAUACUAUUAGAGCUGGGGAUGGUCCUGGACUGGAAUGGUGCUGAAUGAUGAUGGAAUCCUUAUUUCUGCCAGGAACUUUAUGGAAGAGUAGGGAUCUGUAUUCUUCUUGGCAGAUUUCUUUGUAACUGUGAAGGAAGAACCCAAGAGCUAUGUAUAAACUAUUAAAGAGCAUUCAAAAUCAGGAAUAUUCAACAACAGAUUUUGGACUAAAACUGCAGAUCAUGGACACAGUUACUGAUAGAAGUACAAAAUCGCGAUGUGGUUUUAGUUGUUUGCUAUGCUGUGGAAUGUUGAUGAUAGUCCAGUCCAUGCACAACAUUGUGUCAGUUGAUUACAUAUUAUGAAAAUGGUGCACUUGUGUCGGUGACAUAUUCAGAUGAACUCAAACUUCUAUCAGAAAAGUAUUUUGACACAUUCAGUAGUCAUAAGGUCCAUUGUAAUAUUCCUGCCAUCAGAGAUCUCAGAAAAGUUCAGUAUAAAGCAACACGCCUGAAGAAUAUAUGCAUUCAUUUGAAAUUCCGAUAACAUUUGUACAUGUGUUAGAGAAUACGUGCAUAUUUUUGUGGUUAAACUACAAUAAUCAGAUGAUAAAUUAUUAGAAUAUUUCA